AUGAGGGGUCGAGCAAGCCCCUGCGGGCGUGUUCUGGCCUUCACGACGCUGCUGCUGGCUCUGCCGUGGUUGGCUCACAACGCCGGGACAGCUGCGGCCUUCGCCUUCUCGGACGGCGCGAGCGACCCGCGCUACGUCGUGGCGAUCGCGAAUGGAGCGCGCGACCUAGCCGGCGCGUCUCCGGACCGUCCCGUGCGCGUGAUACCCGUCCGCGAUCCCAUGGGUCCGUGGUUCGACUGCGAGGUGCCCCUCGACGACGCGGGCGAGCACGGCGGCGCCGAUGGACAGACCGGGCACAGCAGCCCGCGCGACCGCAGCACCGCCGGCGCCACCGCAGCGCUGCAACCUCUCGUGGGCAACUGCCUCCACAGGACGGAGGGCUGGUGGACGUACGAGGUGUGCCACGGCCAGCACGUGGCGCAGUACCACGAGGAAAACGGCCACCGAGUGCAAGAGUUCACUCUCGGGCGGUCGCCGGGUCCCCCGAACGUGCGCGUCGUGCGCAGCGACCGCAUCGCCGGCGUGGACACCGACGGCGUCGACAUGGUCACCGUCGAGUACUCCCGCGGAGACAUGUGCGACAUCACGCGCCUGCCCCGCCGCACCGCCGUCGUGUUCCACUGCGCCGGCGACGCCGCCUCCGCCACCAUCAUCGAGUCGGUGUCGGAGCCCUCCACGUGCAACUACGAGAUCCGAGUAGCGACGCCGCUGUUGUGUCGCGAGCCGGGCUUCGCGACGGACGGCGGGCCCGUGCGCCAGAUUACGUGCUACAUGCGGGAAGCGGGGGAUGCAUAG